AUGUUGGGCCCCUGGGGCGAGGACCCAUCGCAAUCUCUGGGAGUAACCCAGCCGUCAAACGUUGAGGUUACGCUGGAGAAGGUUGCCGUCAACGCAGUGAUGGCCGGCUGCCGUCCGGAGUAUUUUCCGGUGGUGGUGGCGUGCGUCAAGGCGGCCAUGCAAACCGAGUUCAAUCUGGCGGGAUGCCAGGCGACCACCGGCGGAGCCGCCCCGGUCAUAAUCGUCAACGGACCCAUCGCCGCGCAGUUGGGUAUCAACGGAGACUCGGGCUGCUUUGGCCCCGGAUACCGCCCGAAUGCCACCAUCGGCCGCGCGCUUCGCCUGUUCGUACGCAACAUCGCUGGCCUCAUCAUCGGUGAAAUGGACAAGGCGACGCUGGCGAUGCCGGGGCGGUAUUCGUUCUGCUUCUCCGAAAACGAAGCGCGCAGCCCCUGGGAACCGCGCCAUGUGGAGCUCGGGUUGAAUCCUGAAGACAGCAUGGUUACCAUUCAUGCCAUUCGCGCCUUCUACCCCAUCAUGGAGACCACCGUUUCCCGGGGCAUUGAGAUUCUGAACACGCUGGUCAAGGCAACGCAGGCGACCGGUUUCUCGAACUACUAUCAGAUUGGCACCGGGGCGCAGGUAACGCUGGUGAUAAGCCCCGAACACGCCGCUGAAAUCGCGGCGGAUGGUCUGACCAAGAAGGACGUUCGGGAGUACGUUUACGCCAACGCGCGAAUGUCGAUUGGGCAGCUGUCCGGUUUGGCGCAUUGGGGCAACCGCAACUACCCGGCCUGGAUCGACGACAGCAAACCGGACACCAUGGUGCCCAUCGCGCCGCGGGCCGAUGAUAUCGUGAUAGUAGUUGCCGGCGGUGACGGUCGCCACUCCGCCUGGCUCGCGGGGUGGGGCGUAACCCGGGUGGUUACCGAGAAGAUCGAGAUACCGGGAUAG